GCCGUGUGCGCUCGUGCAUUCGCGAAUCGGCGUCCGUGUGCGGGUGUUCGUGCGUGUUGCUGUGCGUGCGAGUGUAGGUGUGUGUGUGCGUGUGGGGGGGGGGGUUGCCGUGCUUGCCACACACACACACACAGACACACACACACACAGAGAGAACGGUCCGCGGGGAAACAUGAGCUGUGUGCUGCUCUAGAUUGACGUUGGAAGCCGCCAAGAGUCGAGCCUUCUGUUUUUCGUCGAGCUCCGCACGAAAGAGAGGGGGCUUGCGUGUGUGGAGAGAUCCACUGCCUGUUCUUCAUUCUUUCAAGUACGCGGGUGGGACGGUUUUGUGGGACGUAAACUGAAAGAUUCUGGAAGUGAGUGGCGAUCAAGAUGGCGACGGUUCCAGUUAAUCCAAAGCCAUUCCUAAAUGAUUUGACAGGCAAGCCAGUCAUUGUGAAACUGAAGUGGGGAAUGGAGUACAAAGGGUACCUUGUCUCUGUGGACUCGUACAUGAACCUUCAGCUCGCAAGUACGGAGGAGUACAUUGACGGGCAGUUCACCGGAAACCUUGGAGAAGUUCUUAUAAGGUGCAAUAAUGUUUUGUACCUGCGUGGUGUGCCCGAAGAUGAAGAGGCGGUAGAAGAGGAUUAAUUACUAAUUAGGGAAAUGACGAGAGGAUCAAUUUUGGCCAUGCAAGCGGCAGAUAUGAGGACUGAUCAGACAAACGAUUCAUUGGAGGGGCACUUUUGACGUGCUGUGUAAUUUCCUUUUCUGUCUGCUCUUUUUUCUUUCUUUCUUUCUUUCUUUCUUUCUUUCUUUCUUUCUUUAACUCGCUCGCCCAGCCCCUUGUGUCUAUUCUAAGGGCCUCGGCACACCACUCUCGAAAUGGGAAAACGGCAGAAAAUUGAGGCGGGUGCAUCUGGCCAUGUUCUAGCGGGAAGUUCAUUCUCAUUCUGCACAUUUCGACAGUGGUGUGGCGAUGCCCUAAGAAUCUUCCCCUGUUUGUUUUUUGAGGUUUAAGCGUAUUCGAGCAGAGAAAAAGUGUCAGGGCACGCCCACGCUGGGACGUUUUCUGCGGAGGUCUGGUCAUGAUUGCGAUCAGAUGCAUCCAGGUCCGGCAAACGCUGAAAUUGUGCAGUUAGAUAAACUUAACGAAGUGCAAGUGUGGGUGGGUAUGGCCUCAGUCUAUCCUUCAGGACAUCCGGUGAAAUUGGAACGAUACAGAGAGACAAUUAGCAUGGCGCCUGUGGAAAGAUGACACACGUAACGGUACGUCCAAAUUCUGUACAUGAGUAACGCUCCUGGGUAGGGAGCAAGUGUCCACCCUCUUCAAAGAGAGAAAUAAAGGAGAAAGGGAAAAAAAAGAAAAAAGGAAAAAAAACUACCUGUCUUUUUCCUGCGCCAAUUUAUUAUUCCCCGGGGUAGGAUUGGUUGUCUCGUGUUUUCUUGCAGCAAGUCUCAUUCCUGUAAAACACGUCUUCAAAGUUUUCACCCUUCAAAGUAUUCCCCGGGGGUAUAGGGGUAUAGGGGGGUACAGGGGUGGUGUAGGGGGUAUUGGGGGGGCGUAUGAGGGUGUUGGGGGGCGGUUUGGGGGUAUUGAUAUAUAUCGUCAAACAGAGGGGCCGGGUGAACCGUAGGCAGAGAGGGAGAAGAGGAGAAGAAACGAGGGGCUUUGUUAAACUGUUUCGUCGGAGUUUCACCUCUCUUGUGAUGUCGUUUUCGUAGGAGCAUUGGCGUCUGUGAUGAACCUCACAUACUACUCAUCUUGCGGGUUCGGAUGGGAUAUCUGGCGUGCAGUCGUUGAGGCUUUACGGUCUUAGACUUCCUUCCCUGCCGAUUGUCCGCACCGACGCAUUCAUUAUUGGAUACUCGGCGGAGGUUUCAGCAUAUAGCCAGAUGUAGCCGAGAUAGCCACUUCAAAGUCUCGGGCAACCCUUAUCGCUCCAUGUAACCACACAUGACCACAAAUUAACAUAAUGCUGCAUACCGGCUUUGUCGAGGAGACGUGUCAUCCCUACCAACAAGGAGUUGCAGGAAGAGGUCAGCUGCUCUCUCUUGCCCAACAAAAAGAACUGAUUGCCGUGUGAGUCACGCCAACUCAGGCCAUCGCCGCUGAAGUUCUACGACAUGCAUCAUGGCAGGAGGCUGCCUCCCACCCGCUGUGCAAUCUUCAGCCGCAACAGUCAUCGUGCUUUGCCCCUCCCAGCUGGCAAAGUGACCCCUGCAUUCUCCAUGGCAGAAAGCCUGUUGACGUUUAACACGAAGACCGAGUCCCAAACAACAAACAAUAAACCUCGACUCGAUAAACCAGAAUCAAUGUCAAACAGAUGCUGCAAUGAAUGCAUGAGCUGUGUGUGUGUGUGUGUGUGUGUGUGUGUGUGUGUGUGUGUGUGUGUGUGUGUGUGUGUGUGUGUGUGUGACCACCACAAUAACCCUUGUUCCACCCAAAUCAGUAGAUCUAAAACCGAAGCAACUUCACCUUUAUUGCAAAGUUGCAAACAAUGAAACACACUAAAGAUCUGUCAGUCCAAAUGAAACAGCUUUACCUCU